GAUAAAAUACAUCUCUGUUUUUGAGUUGCCGGCCGUGAAACGACGCACAAACAACAACUUUGCAAUUUGGAUGGCCAUUGGCUGCUUCUAAUUGAUUUUGAUAAUAUAUAUUCCGUGUUUUUAGUGACUGUUUGCAAAAAACGAACUCGCCAUUACAACAACAAGGCAUUCAUUUGCGAAAAAUAAAAUAUUUACCAUCGUUUAUGUCGUUUGUUUUAAACACACCAAACAAGUAUGUCUACAAUUGAACGUCUAUCUAUUCAGGGCAUAAGAAGUUUUGGCGGAAAUGCUGGAGAUAAUCAGAUGAUAAGUUUCACCUCACCGGUUACCUUAAUAUUGGGUGAAAAUGGUUGUGGUAAAACUACCGUCAUCGAGUGCCUGAAGUAUGCACUCACCGGCGAAUGCCCACCCGGCAGUGACCGUGGCAAGAAUUUUGUUCAUGACCCGAAAAUCUUCAAUUUAACUGAUGUUUUGGGUCAAAUCAAAUUGGAAGUGCGCAAUGUUCAGGGUGCUCGUUUGUCCAUUUGUCGUUCCAUGAAAUUGGGCAUGCGACGUGGUAAAAUUACCUUUGAGACACUAGAUGCUACUUUGAAUUACUUAAAUGAUGAUGGGGAUGGCAAAAAGGCAAUUGAUUCCAUAUCAAAACGUUGUGCCGAUGUGGAUUUAGUUAUGUCCCAGUUCAUGGGUGUCUCAAAGGCCAUUAUUAACAAUGUGCUGCUUUGCCACCAGGAAGACUCUAGUUGGCCCUUGGAUGAACCCAAAAAGUUGAAGGAGAAAUUCGAUGCAAUUUUUGGAAUUUCGGAGUAUAAUAAAGCUUUGGAACGAAUUAUUAAGAUGCGUAAAGAGGAAAUGGACAUACUCAAAAUCAAAGAGGCCGAUUUACGUUUGGAGCAGCAUCUUAAAGUUGAAAUGGAAGACAAAACUAUGAGUUUACAAAAAUGCCAAGAGAAGGCCAAAUCCAUAGAGGAACAGUGUAAGCAAUGCGAGGAGGAAAUGGCUCCCAUUGAAGAACGCCUACAGCAAAUUCAUAAAAUUGAAGCUGAAGUGGGAAAAUAUCAGGCGCAGAAGGUUGAAUUGCAAACCAAGCAGAAAAAUUGUCAAGAUCAAAUGAAUAAUUUGAAAAAGAAAAUUAAAACCAUGUUUGAAGGCACUCUGGAAGAGCUGGACUCUGAAAUUGGCAAUUUCGGUCAGAAAAUGACAGAAAAACGUACUGAACGUCGUGAAAUGGAGGGAAAACUCAACUCCGUUAAAAAGGAAGAGAAGAGUUUGCAGAAUCGCCACAAUGAUGUUGAUAAGAAACGUGUCGUUGCCAUACAGCAAAAGCAAAAAGAAGACGAUGCUAAGAAGAAACGAGCUGAUAAGUUAAAAGCAAUAGGUCAACAAAUGAAUAUUACCAUACCUGAAGACUUGGGUGAUACCACAGAAGAGGUUGCAAAAAUUUUGGAAGAGAUUAAGGGAGUACUGGCCACAGAACAGGGCAAAAUCAAUGAAACUAUUAGCCAGCACGAUGCCGAGGACCAGGAAAUUCAAACUAAAAUCGAUCAAUUGCGUGUUGAAGUAGCCAAAUUGCAAGAAUCCGUUGGAAACUUGACCAAGCAAAAGAAAGCCUAUGAGAAAGAGUCCGAGCAAACUGAAAAGAAAAUUUUAGAGAUUGAGAAGUCCACGCAACAACUGAAAGUUGUUUCGGCCAAAUUGAAGGAGACUGAGGAUUGCUACGAAGAGACUUCAUCGAAAUUCAAUCAGGAAGAGCUGCGCGAAAAUAUUAAAAAAGACAAAGAAGCCAUCAAGAAGUUGGACGCCGAUUUUCGUUCAGUCGAUGAACGCUUGACAUUUUUGAAUUCGAUUUCAAAACUUGUGGCCGAGUUAAAUUUAAAGGAACAAGAGUUGGAGAAUCGCGAGCAAGAGGUUAGAAAAGUCAAAAGUAAGCACAGUGGUAAUUUCCGCAAAAUCUUCGAGGAGGGCAAAGUUGUUGAGAGCAAUUUCCAACGUCACGUGAAGGUUACCUAUGAGAAAUCUCGCCGUCAUAUUAAGGAACUCAAUAAUAAGAUUAAUGGUCUAAAAUUGAAGGAGCAACGUUUCGAAAUUAAACGCAAAACUCUAAAGGACGAAUUGCAAAAGGCCGAAAAGGAAUUGGAGGAUUGCAAGGAGACCAUCUUUGAGAAAUGUCGUUCCACACCAUACGAAGAGCUGCUGACCAGAUCCAAGACAUUGCUCAGCAAACAUCAAUUGGAACUUGGCGCUCAAAAGUCAGCUGAGGCGUUCUACAAGCAGUAUUUGCAAAAGAUUGAGGAUGAACCAUACUGUCCUUUGUGUCAAAAGGAUAUGACAACUAGUGAGGCUUCAGGCUUAACUUCCGAAUUGAAUGACAAGAUUGUAGAUCUUCCACAAAACAUCGACAGACUUGAAAAACUCAUCAAAGAAGAGCAAAAGAAACAUGACGCCCUAUUGCAACUGAAACCGGUCAUUGACAAAGUUGCCAAACUGGAGCAAGAUAUUCCAAAAAGGAAGGAGGAUAUGAAAAAAUUGCAAGAUGACUUGGCAGAAUGCAGCAAAGAAAUCGAAUGCAUCCAAGCUCAAUUAGCCGAUCCAACAGCAAAUAUGGAUCUGGCCAACUCCAUGAUGGGCGAUAUGUCUCUUCUCGAUGAGGCCAUUAAACAGGUUACAAAAUCCAAGGAUGACAUAGCAAAGUUGAAAAAUAAAUUUCCUAAAGAGAAGGAUUCUGAAAAUGAGAAUACCUCAAUCGAUGAGGUGCAAGCUCAGAAAACUGCUAUUUCAACGGAAUUGGAAGAAAAGCGUAAAACACUCGAACAAAAUCAACAGUACUAUGAGAAGAACAUGGAUGCUUUGAAUAAAUUAAGGGAUUUGAAAAAUACUCUAAAGGACCAACAGGUUAAAUUACAAGAAGGAAUACAGAAUCUACCUCAACUACAAGAACGUCAAACUGAACUCAGCCAAUUAUUGGUGGCCCUUGUUACCGAGAUGCAGGACAAUCAGGGCAAAGUUGGUCCUAUUAAAUCGCAACUAAGUGCGACCAUCAAGGAAAAAAGUCAACAGAAGGAUUCGAACCGUGUUAAAGUCAACCAAAUGCUUAUGAAAUUGGAUACAUUCAAGCGCAUGGAUCAGGAUGUACAAAGACUACAUGCGGAAGUUUUGGACUAUGAAAAAUUAACUUUGGAUCACAAACUGAAAACUUUUGAGGAAUCAUUGAAAAUCAGCAAGGAGGAAUUGCAAAAAUUGGCCGAUAACAUUGCUGAGAUGACAACUAAGGUGGAGGGUAUAAAACAAGAGUUAGCCAACCAAGAAUCUGCUGAUCGUGAUCUGAAAGACAAUCGUGAUUUGAAAAUUUUACAACAAAAAUCCGAAGACUUGAAAGUAAAAUACGAUGCAUUAAUCGAAGAAUUGGGCAAAUUAGAUUUCUCCAAUGUAUCGAAGGAGAAGAAAGAAUUAACCUCCAAGCGCGAUAAAAUUACCGUACGGAAAGGAGAACUGCUGGGACAGAGUGGCGAAGUUAAGCAUCAAAUACGCAAACUGGAAAAGGAAUUGGCUUCACCCAAGUAUCGUAACUCGCUGAUGAACUACCGGCGCAUUUACUACGAGGUAGAAGUAACCCGCAAAAUGGUGAAUGAUUUAGGCCAACAUCGUGUGGCACUUGAAUGGGCUCUAAUGCAAUUCCACACUGAGAAAAUGCGCGAAAUUAACCGUUUGAUACGCGAAUAUUGGCGUCUCAUCUAUCGCGGCAAUGAUAUCGAUUACAUACAAAUUCAAACGGAGGAAGGCAAAGAUGCUUCAUCUUUGGAUAAACGUCGUAAUUACAACUAUCGCGUCAUACAAUCGAAAAAUAAUUCAGAAAUCGAGAUGCGUGGACGCUGCAGUGCCGGUCAACGGGUAUUGGCUUCUCUUAUCAUACGCAUGGCCCUGGCCGAAACCUUCAGUAGCAAUUGUGGUGUUCUAGCCUUGGAUGAGCCCACCACCAAUUUGGAUCGUAACAAUAUAUUAUCGCUGUGCGAUGCACUCAAUCGUAUUGUGGAGGAGAGGCAAACACAAUCCAACUUCAUGUUAAUUAUCAUUACCCACGAUGAAGCAUUCAUUUCGACUUUGGGUAAGGUUAAAAGCUAUAAUCGUGUAUUCCGCAAUGAUGAAUGUAAAUCCGUUAUACGUCGUGUAAAAGUUGCCUAAGUGAUGUAUAAGGCUCAAGAGUGAAACGGUCGGCUGUAUUUUUAUACAUCGUGCAUAUAACAACAAACAGGAAAAAAAGGAACAGCAAAACUAUGUUGAUACCCUAAUUGCAGAGUAUGCCAUUUCGAAGGCUUCUGCCUCAUAUGGAAAUCUAUAUUUUCGAUCUUUAAGAUAGACUCAAAUGAACAUCGUACUUUUCACACAAUAUAACAUCAAAAAAUACCUUCUAACUUAUUGCUUAUAAAAGCUUUAAAAUAUGGAUUCCCAUUACAAAUGC